GGGGGUGGUAGUUUCGCUCCGCGCUCUCCGGCGGGGCCGGGGCGCGGCAGGGCUGGGGCGGCUUCCUCGGGACGCGGGGGACCCUGCCAUGGGGACGUAGCGGGCCGCGGAGCCAUGCGCGGCCGGGCGCUGCCCUGCAGCUCGCUGGGGACGGUUAUCCUAACAUUUGUCUGUGUGUUGAUGAAGGAAUCUGCAGGAAUUGCUCCAAUGCCAUAUACACUGCAAGUCUAUCGGGAAGCUUUGAAUGGAAGAGACCCCUCUAACCCCUUGAGGAGAGAAAAGAGGCAGGUGCAGUGUCAACUAGGACAAUACCUACAUCCCAGAGAGACCCACUGCUGCAUGAGGUGCCAUGCAGGUACUUACAAGGCAAAAGACUGUGACCGGCCUGACCAGGCACCUGUCUGUCUUCCGUGUCCUACUGGCACGUUCACAGCCGUUGAUAACACCAUGUCUCAGUGCUUCCCGUGUACAUAUUGCCGUAGAGAAUUUCGGCAGAUAGUAGUGAGUCCUUGCACCCCAAAGCAAGAUACUGUAUGUGGCUGUCGGAAGAAUCAGUAUCAGAUUGGCCUGUUCGAUCUCUUUGAGUGCAGGGACUGCAGUUCAUGUGUCAAUGGAAGUGUUGCUAUUGCCAACUGUUCAAAGAACAGAGAUGCAAUUUGCAAGUGUAAACCUCAGUUCUUCCGGACACUUAGUAAUGUUUGCAAGCCUUGCAGCAGCUGCGUGGGAGAAGAAUGCUUGCAGUGUCAUAGCCCAGUGGCUACCUCACCGACUUCUUCUGGGCUGAAUGGGAGCCUUGUCCUUGGCAUCAUCGUUAUAAUAUUUGUAGUUAUCUCUUUUCUCUACAUUGUAAAUAAAGUAGUGAAAUUGGUCCAGAAAAAUGGGACAGCAUCGUCUUGCUUAUCCUGUGUUCCUUUGCCCCAGACAACCAAGGAGGCACUACAUGAGGGUGAGGUAAAAAGAAAUGAAAUUUCCAUCCUUCUUCCUGAGUCCCAGAAGGAAUCACAAUUGUUAGUGAAUGCAACACCAUCAUCUGAACCUCUGUCACAAAGUUCACAGGAGUUUCCAGACUAUGUCAGACCUGCCCCAAAGACACAGCUUCCAGACAACCCUGCUGUUCUUUACACUGUGGUGGAUCAUGUACUACCAUCUCGGUGGAAAGAGUUUGUAAGGCGCCUGGGUGUGAGUGACACUGAUCUAGAGCGAAUUGAGAUGGAGCACCGGCGUUUACGAGAUGCCCAGUAUGAAAUGCUUAGACUGUGGAAACUGCAGAUGGGCCGUGCUGCAACUCUGGAGCGCAUCAGCUGUGUUCUCAGCCAGAUGGAGCUGAGUGGCUGCAGUGAAGCUAUUCAAGAGUCUUUGCUAAGACAGAACUCUCUGCAACCUUGCACCCUUCACAGCCACCUUUAAUCUAUUUCUGCUUUAGUUGCCCUCACAAUGAGUGUUGAGAGGAUCAUAACUGUUUUCCUUUCCUUUCUUCCUUUUCCCAUGCCUCCUUAUCUUUCUAAAACUCCUCAGCUGGGUUUGUUGGAGGCAGCAGCAGAUGAUGCUGGAGGAAGGCUGAGGUUUGCUUCUUAACCACCAUGUAGUUCAGCAUCUUUACAUCAAGACAGGCCUCUGCAACAACUCCUUUCCCAAGGAGGGAAAGCACCUCAUAAAGGAAGUGGUGUGUGGACUCUGACCAAGAUGAAAACAGGAGCUCAGAGGGACUUGAUAGAUCAGCUACUUCAUAAGCAAGUUGUUGCUGAAACGGGUGCUGCACCCAGCAUGUGGUGGGUGAACUUGUAGGGUGACUUGGUUAAGCUGGCUGUUUAGAUAGUACUCGCUGACUGUUUUGCAGAUCUGUUUUUCUGCAAGAUUCGGCAGUCGGAACUGGCUCACAUUGCAGCCCUUUGAUUGCUCAAUCUGACUCAAGGGAAGUGGUGGGAGGACGUGCGUAGUUCUGGAAGCAGGAAAGGAUUGCCCUCUUUUGGUAUCAAGUAGUUAUCACUGUGGCAAAAGAGUCACGAAGACUCAGAAGUGGUGUCUCUGCAAGAAGCUGGAGGGCAUUGUCCUUUCCACACCCUUGCUUCCCUCAGGUUCAAGAAUAGUAAGGAUUUAGAGCCAACGAGUCAGAUGAGAGGCUUUUUUUCUCUAGAUUUUUUUCUGUACCAAGAAACCAUGUGAGAUAGCAUUAACAAACCACUUGCCUGUGUGUUUGUUCAGGUGCAGAGGGAACACGAAUGUGUGCAUCUGUCUGGGUGAGAAGGUACUUACAUACCUGGUAGUCUGAGUACCUCUGCACAUCUGUUAUUGCAGACAGGUCGGUGGGCUCGUGUCUACCUGCUUAUCUAUCUCUGAAUGAUUUGCUGUAUCUGAUCUAACUGCAAAUGGGACUGUGUAUAUGUACAUAUAUAUAUAUGUUUAGUAACUGUCAAAUAACUUCACACUACUUCAUGGACUGCAUUCUGUGAUUGCUACUUGGGUGUAAGAUGUUUGGUACCAUCUCCAGGCUCUCACCGUCACUUUAUCGUGGGUAUUACCCUGGGUGAAGGAGAAGUAGCAAAAAUCAAUUAGCCUGCAUCAGGUGCAGGUUGUCCACACACUUGUAACGUGGAUUUUUUUUUUUUUUAAUUUAGUCCCUCAUCCCUUGACCAGUGAAAAACUUUCUGUUGUAAAUACACUAAAUGUUCUGAAUUAAAAUUCCUAUUUUUACCUCUGUU